CCUGAUACAACAGUCGCACCAACAACUACUGUAGAUGAUACAACUGUCGCACCAACAACUACUGUAGCUGAUACAACUGUCAAACUAACUACUACUGUUCCUGAUACAACUGUCGGACCAACAACGACUGUAGCUGAUACAACUGUCCAACCAACAACUACUGUUGCUGAUACAACUGUCGCAACAACAACUAUUGUCGCUGAUACAACUGUUGCACCAACAACUACUGUAUCUGAUACAACUGUCCAACCAACAACAACUGUUUCCGAUACAAUUGUCGGUUCGACAACAACUGUUGCUGAUACAACAGUCACACCAACAACGACAGUUGCUGAUACAACUGCAGGACCAACAACAACAGUUGCUGAUACAACUGUCGGGCCAACAACGACAGUCGCUGAUACAACUGCUGGGUUAACAACAACUGUUGCGGAUACAACUAUCGGAACAAAAACAACUGUCGCUGAUACUACUGUCGCACCAACAACUACUGUUGCUGAUACAACUGUCGCACUAUCAACUACUGUUGCUGAUACAACUGUCGCACCAACAACGACUGUUGCUGAUACAACUGUCGCACCAACAACAACUGUUGCUGAUACAACUGUCGCACCAUCAACUACUGUUGCUGAUACAACUGUCGCACCAACAACGACAGUUGCUGAUACAACUGUCGCACCAACAACGACAGUUGCUGAUACAACUGUCGCACCAACAACGACAGUUGCUGAUACAACUGUCGCACCAACAACAACUGUCUCUGAUACAACUGUCGCAUCAACAACGACAGUUGCUGAUACAACUGCAGCGCCAACAACAACUGUUGGUGAUACAACUGUCGGAUCAUCAACGACAGUUGCUGAUAAAACUGCAGGACCAACGACAACAGUUGCUGAUACAACUGUCGGACCAACAACAACUGUCGCUGAUACAACUGUCAGCACCAUCAACUAUGUCCUGAUACGCUGA